CAGCCAUCUUGCUACAAACACAAACAGAGAGGAGCGGCCGCCGCGGGAGCGCCAGCGCCCCCUCCCCCGCCGCCGCUGCCGCCGUCGCCGCCGCCCCCCGGCCCGCCGCGCGCCGCCAACGCCCCGGGACCGGAGCCUCGCGCCGCCCGCCCGCCGCGUUUCCCUGCUUCUCACACCGGGAACCACUUUUCCUCAGUUUGCCAGUCUGCGACCGGGACAGAAAGGUGAAGGCCGGAAGAGGAGAGCUGCCUUUGCCACUCCCUGGAAGGGAGGGAGGAAUCGUGGAGUCUUGGACUUGAUGGAAACCGUGGAGGCACUCUGGUCCGGCCUCCUCCCCAGCCAGUGAGGGAAGCCCUUGUGCAGCUCCCUGAGACCUCACCCACCCAUCCUUGCUCAGAACCGCCAGGGAUGCGCUGCCCCCUGAGAGCCUCUCCUGCUGUUCCUUAGGAGGACAGGUCACUGCCACUGCCACUACUUCUGUCAACCUCAUUUUUACUUUAUGGAUCUUUCCCUGAUGUGAAGCUCCCUCCCUGGACACCACUGUAGUCAGGUCAGCGUCCUGUAGCUUGGAGACCUUGGUUCAUUCCAGCACAGGCCCCUGCCUGAAGAGAGCCCCGGCCUGGCCCUACCUGCUUCCUGGGGCAAGGCUGCCAAGUCUUCCCCCGUCGCAACAGUUCACUUAACUCAUGGUGUGAGUGGCACGUGGCUGGCUUAGGUGUUUGGAGAGUGAACGCCAGGUCCCCCCCCCCUUGUCCCUUCAGCCCCUCGGACCUUGAGGAUACACCUGGCUCCACAAUGGCAGCAGAGACCCUCAAUUUUGGGCCUGAGUGGCUGAGGGCCCUUUCCAGCGGUGGCAGUGUGGCCUCUCCACCCCCGUCCCCUGCCAUGCCCAAAUACAAGCUGGCUGACUAUCGCUACGGGCGAGAAGAGAUGCUGGCUCUCUACGUCAAGGAGAACAAGGUACCCGAUGAGCUGCAGGACAAGGAGUUUGCUGCGGUGCUGCAGGAGGAGCCACUGCAGCCCCUGGCGCUGGAGCCUUUGACUGAGGAGGAGCAGAGAAACUUCUCCCUGUCAGUGAACAGUGUGGCUGUGCUGAGGCUGAUGGGGAAGGGGGCCGGCCCCCCCCUAGGUGGCGCCUCCCGCGGCAGGGGCAGCACUCGGAGCCGAGGCCGAGGCCGUGGUGACAGUUGCUUUUACCAAAGAAGCAUCGAAGAAGGCGAAGGGGCCUUUGGCCGAAACCCCCGGGAGAUCCAGCGUAGCCAGAGUUGGGAUGACAGAGGCGAGAGAAGGUUUGAGAAGUCAGCCAGGAGGGAUGGAGCGCGAUCCGGGUUUGAGGAGGGAGGGGCUGGCCCGAGGAAGGAACAUGCCCGCUCAGAUAGCGAGAACUGGCGUUCUCUCCGAGAGGAGCAAGAGGAAGAGGAGGAAGGCAGUUGGAGACUUGGGGCAGGACCCCGGCGAGAUGGCGACCGCUGGCGCUCAGCCAGCCCUGAUAGCGGUCCCCGCUCUGCUGGCUGGCGGGAACAUGGGGACCGGCGUCGCAAGUUUGAAUUUGAUAUUCGAGGGGAUCGAGGAGGGUGUGGUGAAGAGGAGGGGCGGGGUGGGGGAGGCAGCGCUCACCUGCGGAGGUGCCGAGGGCCUGACGGCUUUGAGGAGGACAAGGAUGGGCUCCCCGAAUGGUGCCUGGACGAUGAGGAUGAGGAGAUGGGCACCUUUGAUGCCUCUGGGGCCUUUCUGCCUCUCAAGAAGGGCCCCAAGGAGCCUAUUCCUGAGGAGCAGGAGCUCGACUUCCAGGGCCUGGAGGAAGAGGAGGAAGAACCUUCUGAAGCGCUAGAUGAGGCGGGCCCUGAGGCGGGAGGGAAGGAGCUGACCCCACUGCCUCCCCAGGAGGAAAACUCCAGCUCCCCACCCCCACUGCCCACCUUGGGCCCGCUCUGGGGAACUAACGGGGAAGGCGACGAUGCUACAGAGAAAGACCUGCCGGCGACUGAAGACGAUAUGAGGGGCAUGCAGCUGAGUCCCGGGGUGGGCUCACCCCCUGGUCCACCCGGAGAUCUGGAGGAUGAUGAAGGCCUGAAGCACCUGCAGCAGGAGGCAGAGAAGCUGGUGGCCUCCCUGCAGGACAGCUCCCUGGAGGAAGAGCAGUUUACGGCUGCCAUGCAGGCCCAGGGUCUGCGCCACUCAGCAGCUGCCACUGCCCUCCCUCUCAGCCACGGUGCGGCCCGGAAGUGGUUCUACAAGGACCCACAGGGGGAGAUCCAAGGCCCCUUUACAACACAGGAAAUGGCGGAGUGGUUCCAGGCGGGCUAUUUUUCCAUGGCACUGCUUGUGAAGCGGGGCUGUGAUGAGGGCUUCCAGCCGCUGGGUGAGGUGAUCAAGAUGUGGGGUCGCGUGCCCUUUGCCCCGGGACCCUCACCACCCCCACUGCUGGGCAACAUGGACCAGGAGCGGCUGAAGAAGCAGCAGGAGCUGGCGGCCGCGGCCUUGUACCAGCAGCUGCAGCACCAGCAGUUUCUGCAGCUGGUCGGCAGCCGGCAGCUCCCGCAGUGCGCGCUCCGGGAAAAGGCCGCUCUGGGGGACCUGACGCCGCCCCAGCAGCAGCUCACUGCGUUCCUCCAGCAGCUCCAAGCUCUCAAACCGCCCAGAGGCGGGGACCAGAACCUGCUCCCGACCAUGAACCGGUCCUUGUCGGUGCCGGAUUCGGGCCCCCUCUGGGACAUACAUACCUCAGCCUCAUCACAGUCAGGCGGUGAGGCCAGUCUUUGGGACAUACCAAUUAACUCUUCGACUCAGGGUCCAAUUCUAGAACAACUCCAGCUGCAACACAAAUUCCAAGAGCGCAGAGAAGUGGAGCUCAGGGCGAAGCGGGAGGAGGAGGAGCGCAAGCGGCGGGAGGAGAAGCGCCGGCAGCAGCAGCAGCAGCAGGAGGAGCAGAAGCGGCGGCAGGAAGAAGAGGAGCUGUUCCGACGCAAGCAGGUGCGGCAGCAGGAGCUCCUGCUGAAGCUGCUGCAGCAGCAGCAGGCAGCGGCCGCCGUCCCGGCGUCCCCCGCACCCAGCUCCCCGCCACCGUUGUGGGCUGGCCUGGCCAAGCAGGGGCUGUCCAUGAAGACGCUGCUGGAGCUGCAGCUGGAGGGCGAGCGGCAGCUGCAUAAGCAGCCCCCGCCUCGGGAGCCGUCGCGGGCCCAGGCCCCCAACCACCGGGUGCAGCUCGGGGGCCUGGGCGCUGCUCCUCUGAACCAGUGGGUGUCUGAGGCUGGGCCACUGUGGGGCGGGCCCGACAAGAGUGGGGGCAGCAGCGGUGGCCUGGGGCUCUGGGAGGACACCCUCAAGAGCAGCGGGAGCCUGGCCCGCAGCCUGGGCCUGAAGAACAGCCGGAGCAGCCCCUCUCUCAGUGACUCGUACAGCCACCUGUCAGGCCGGCCUGUGCGCAAAAAGACAGAGGAGGAAGAGAAGCUGCUGAAGCUGCUCCAGGGCAUCCCCAGGCCCCAGGACGGCUUCACCCAGUGGUGUGAGCAGAUGCUGCACACAUUGAGCACCACAGGCAGCCUGGACGUGCCCAUGGCUGUAGCGAUCCUCAAGGAGGUAGAAUCCCCCUACGAUGUCCACGAUUAUAUCCGGUCCUGCUUGGGGGACACGCUGGAAGCCAAAGAAUUUGCCAAACAGUUCCUGGAGCGGAGGGCCAAACAGAAAGCCAGCCAGCAGCGGCAGCAGGAGGCUUGGCUGAGCAGCGGCUCCCUGCAGACAGCCUUUCAGACCAACCACAGCACCAAACUCGGCCCUGGGGAGGGCAGCAAGGCCAAGAGGCGGGCUCUGAUGCUGCACUCGGAUCCCAGCAUCUUGGGGUACUCCCUGCACGGACCUUCUGGUGAGAUCGAGAGCGUGGAUGACUACUGACCAGCCCGUCCCACCAGCCCCUGGGCUGUAGGCCAGGGGCAGCAGCAGCGGCUUGGACCCUUGGGUCCCCAGCCUGCAGGCUCCCCACGGGAGCAUAGGAGGAAGCAGGGGCAGGGUCCCCAGCACUUGUUACAAACCACACGAUGCACCUUAACUCACCCACCACGAGGCACUUUACAGAUUGGGGGGGAAGGGUUUUUGGUUUUUUUGUUUUUUGGGGGUUUUUUUGUUUUGUUUUUUCUUUUUUUAAAAAGCAUUUUAAACCGCAUUGAAGAAAACUGUUAGGAGAGACAAAAAUUGUUAAAAACUAGACUCUAAGCACCCCUUCCCCCUGUAGGGACAGUGAGGGUGACAAUGGAAGGUCCACAGAGGUCUUUUGGGGUUUUUUUGUGUAUGUGUGUGUGUGUGUGUGUUUUGUUUUUUGUUUUUGUUUUUUAAGAAAAAAGAAAAUGGAAAAAAAAAGGUUAGGAGAUUUAAGGAAAAAAACACACUGUUAUUUUGGGGCAGUGGGGACACAGGCCCCAUGGACCUGUCCUGCCUGGCCCCCAAGGCUGCACUUACCCUCCCUGCCCCGCAAGGUGGGCCAUUGGGGUAACUGGAAGCUGGGGUGCCAGCAGUUUGCACAGCGAGGCCCCCUCAGCCCCGCCGGCCGGACCCGCUGUGAACGGCUCCCUUUGUUGCUGUGACCGUGGCAGAGGUGUCCGUGGUGGGGGCCAAAGUAGCCCCUUGGCUUUGCUGCUUUAGGGGAAAGUUGCACAAAUGGGCCGGGCCGCCUCAGCUCUCUAGGCUGCCAUCCUGUGCUGGCUGACGGUGGGGAGGGGGAGAGGGCCAGCCGGUGCCAAUCUCUUCUGGCCGUCAGGGUGACGGAACUUCCACUCUGGCCCUGGUGAGGGGCUUCCCCCACUGCUGCCAUUUGGGGGGACGGCCUGGGUGUGAAGCUGAAAGCCUCAGCUCCCUGCCUUGCCACAUGAAUGUAUUCUUUGGGCCACAAGCCCCUGCUGCGCCUUCUGCCUCAACCCCGUGCGAGGUGGGAGUAGAGCGGUUCCUCCGGGAGCUGGAGAGAGAGGCACCACUUACUGACUGUUUUCUCCUGUGAAAGGGGCAAGAGGAGGGCCUAGGAGGCCAAGGGAGUGAGCAGCAUGGGGCUUCGGGUUGCAGUGUGGGGGCUGUCAGAAUGGAGCUCCCCCCGCCUGCAGCCAGCUGUGUGGGAAGUGGACCACCCAGCCCUGCUCUGAACCCCCCCCCCCCCAUUGACCAAAUGGGAGAGGAGCCGGUGGCCUCUCCCCCUCCCUGCUCCCCUGAUGCGUUUUUAAUGUUGGGUAAGGUGUGGGGGUCAAGAAUAGAAGUGUCGUCUCUCCUGGGUCAGGGGAAGGCCACCCUUCUGUUGCUCACCAACUUCUCAUUCCCAAUCACCUGCCUGGGUUUGUCUCCAUUUGUGUGUGUUUUUCUUUUCUUUUCUUUUCUUUUUUUUUUUUUUUUAACAGUUUGUUGUAUCUUUUGGGUUUCUCAUCUAACUUCUCCCAUUGACCUCAUUGCUCAGAGUGCAGUAUUAGGGCAGGAAUCUGCCACUGCCUCCCCUCCAUGAAUGUAUUUGUCCUUCCUGCCCUGGGGAAAUGGGGAGUGGCCCAUUUUCUUUCCCCAUCCAUUCUUAGACCACAUUUUUUUUCUUUUUUUUGUUUCGUUUUGUUUUGUUUUGCACCAAAGUGGCAACUGGGUCAGUGUUGGGGGAUAAAGCUGGCCUCGGGGGUGGAGGGGCACCCUCCACCUGCUUCUCCCUGGUUUCAACAGUGUUAGCGUCCGUGAAAAGACAAUAUUCUCUCUAAAGCAAUAAGGGGGUGAUGGGCCAGGGGGAAAUGUCUUGCUGCUGCUGGCCCCCCAGCUCCCCCUUUCCUCACGCCAGUAUUUGGCGGCAUUAGAGGUGUCGGGGGAGUACUGUUGUGACUGAAUGUAACCGCCCCCACCCCUGCCGCAGCCAAUGCAGGGGAGGGGGGUGACACUCUUCCCUGUUUCUUCCUUCCCCUUCCCCCCAGCUAAAGAGACUUUGAACUUAGGGGGCCCUUGAGCCUGGAGAGGCCUUAACCCUGUGAGGAAGUGUAGGGGGGGCCCUCUCCCACCCCCAUCCCCUUCUGAGAGUGGUCAAUGUUUACAAGCCCCUGAGCCCCCCAGCCCAGGGACUCCACCCCCAUUACUGUCCUUUCCCACCCGUCUUCCUGGGCCCCAGCUGCUCUCCCACCCUCCUGGGUUGGGGUGGGUGCAGGGGCUGUUCUGUAUCCCCUUGUCUGCCUUGGACCCACAAUCUCCCCCCACCCUCACCCUGUGUGACUCCCCUCUCUUCUACCUGCCCCUGUAAAUAUUCCCCUUUCCCCAAUAAAACUUGGUGUGUGUUCUCCCCUCUUGA